AUGAAUUUCUGGCAAAAAGGGAUUAUUCCGGCGCCAUCUCUCUUCUCGAGAGGAACUGAUGAAUUCUGUGUUUGUCAAAUUCGACCACAAAUCUUGCAGUUUCGUCCAAUCAGUCAAUUGACAAAUUUGUGGCUUGGAUAUUGCGCUUUUCAUGCCGGAGAAUAUAAAAAAUCUUUAGAGGUUUACGAAGGAAUGCUGAAAGACAGCGAUUGUCCUCCAGAAAUUAAUGUUUACAUGGCAUGUAUUUAUUUCUUUCUUGGAAUGUAUCCCGAAUCCAAGGAGCAAGCCGUAAAAGGAGAAAAAAGCCCUCUACAGAAUCGCCUUUUUUUCCAUGUUUCUAAUAAAAUCGGCGAUGAGAAACAGUUAAUGCAUUACCACAGCCAACUUUGCGACACUGUCGAUGACCAGCUAUCUUUAGCUUCAAUUCAUUAUCUUCGCUCGCAUUAUCAGGAAGCCUUAAAUGUUUAUAAAGGAAUUUUAUUAAAAAACAAAAACUUCAUAGCACUGAAUGUUUAUUUGGCGAUGUGUUAUUAUAAACUGGACUACUAUGAUAUAUCACAAGUAAGAUGCAUUUUACUCCUGAAAUUUUCGAGUUACUUAAAGAUUAAAAAAGCUAGUUUUGUGGACAUAUAG